AUGGAUAUUGCUCUGACAUCGUCUGGAGCAAAUGUCGCUACAUCUUCGUCCUCAGGGCGAGCUAAACGAGUACGUGGAAAGUGGACAUCAGCAUUUCGAGUAAUGCAAUCACUGCAUCGUUUUAGACAUCCGUCUCAAGACACAUUUUCUGAGAAGCACAGCGAUUACUCGACGGAAUCAACACCUUCCAGGGAAACAAACGUAGUAGAUCCAGUUUAUUUGGCACUUAAGCAAGCAACUGGUAUAUACGGACGCCGAGGUUCAUCAAUACAAAAUUUUGAUUCCGCUACAUCAUCACCUCGUGAUCUGUCAUAUGCAUCACUGCAAGAUUCUGGAUAUGUUGAAGUAAGUCCCAACCGAGGUGCAAUGAUCAGCUCAACUCCUCAACUUAACCAAUCAGGCGGAGGAAAGCGCCGUCCACCGAAAUUACAAAAACAGAUGAAAUCGCUAUCAUUGGAUUGUACUGAUUCGCCACCUUCCAUGGCAAAUAGCGUACAUUCACGAAACAAAUUAGCACCAAGCACAUUGCACUGCAAUAAUAGUUCUGGAGACAUAUCAGAAUGGGAGCGUAGUCGAUCAUCGUCUGGUCCAUCUCCUCGAUCAACUCCACGUCGUAUCAGUUCUUCAGAUGUUUUACAAGGAUCUCAUGUAGUCAUUCAUGAAUAUGUGCCUGAACCUGACAGAGCCUUAUGUUUAGGCGAUCGACUAAGAGUUGUUGAUAACGGUGAUCCUGACUGGCUUUAUGGUUUCAAAACUGGUGAUCGAACAGAUCGGCUGAUAUCUUUUCCAAGUACUUGUGUUGCACUGAUUCAUCCUGGUGAGCAACCAAUGUUACUCAGACAAAAUGUUGUAUUUGCACAACCAGAUUCCAUUAUUGCUGGUCGCAUAUUGGUACGUACAGAGCGUCAUGCUCUCGUACAAUGUCCGCUGCAACAUCUCAUGUUACUUUGA